GUGAAUGGCAAGGACCUCUCCAAGGCCAGCCAUGAGGAGGCACUGGAAGCCUUCCGCAGCGCCAAGGACCCCAUCGUGGUGCAGGUGCUGCGGAGGAGUCCUGUCGCCAGGGGCAACAGCCAUCUGGUGGAUGUGUGCACACAGACCGACAUCACAUUCGAGCACAUCGUGGCCUUAUCCAAGAUGCGGCCCGCCACGCCCCCGGUCCCGGACACCUGCCCCUUUGUCCUCUCUGACAGCUGUCACUCACUGCAGACGAUGGAGCGGGAAUAUUACGAGAGCCCCGAGUUCCUCUCCAGCCUCCCUGCAGAUGGCAUCAGGACAGACGCCUUCGAGUAUGAGGAGGUGGAGCUUCGCCGACUCAACAGUCAGGAGAAGCUCGGCCUGACCUUGUGCUACAGGACAGACGAUGAGGACGACGUCGGCAUCUAUGUCAGCGAGGUGGGGCCCAACAGCAUCGCGGCCCGGGAUGGCCGCAUCAGGGAGGGGGACCGAAUUUUACAGGUCAACGGACGGGACGUGCGGGACAGACAGGAGGCCGUGGCCCUGCUGUCCAGCGAGGACAUGCACAACAUCCUGCUGCUGGUGGCCCGGCCCGAGAUACAGCUGGAGGAUGCCUGGCUGGACGAGGAACACAGCCAGCUGCUGGAGGAACUGAAGAUGGAGAUGUUGGAGGAACGGCAGCAAGAGGAGGAGGAGGAGGAGGAGGGCGCCCAGCGGGCCAAGCAGCCCGAAGAUGACGGGCCGGCGGACGCAGCUUCCUGCUCAGCUGGAGCCCGGGACUCAGAGGGGGGAGCCGGGGGGCGCCGCGACCUGCCAGCACUGAGCCACGCCCAUAGGCUCUCGCGAUGUCUGCAGGAGGCGGUGAGGGAGGCCCAGGCCCUGGAUGCUUUGGCCGACACACAGAGCACCGAGAGCCAGGCCUCAGAGGAGCUCCUGGAAAGCCUGCCGCCCCGGGGAGAAGAGGAGCAGGAGGACGAGGAGGAGGACGAAUGUGACCACUACCAGCAGCUCCUGGAGCUCAAGUGCCAGAUCCGCAACAGUGGCGAGUACGACCUGUACUACAGCAGACGCAGUACCAUCGGGUGCACUCUGGGGGAGCCAGCGGGCAUGGAGCGGGAGCUGCGUCUCCUCAACGAGGAGCUCAAGAGCAUCGAACUGGAGUGCCAGAAUAUCAUGCAGGCCCAUCAGCUACGCAAGGCCCGGGACCAGGGUCGUCUGGAACGCAGCCUCAAGCUAGGGAACAUCAAGGAGCACCUGGAGAAGUCGGACAAGGACAGCUCGAGCGCAUACAACACGGCAGAGAGCUGCCGGAGCACGCCGCUGGCAAUGGACCGAUCGCCAGAACAUUCCCUGCAGAGGAGAGUCAGCCUCACCAACCAGAAGAACGCGCUGGCCUCAAAUCACAGGCUGCAGGCGGCCCUCCUGGCCAGGGCACGCGGUCUGAAACAGGGUGGGGCGCCCCCUGCUGACGAGGAGUUCCAAGGACAGGAGAAGCCGCGCUGGAACCAGACGGCCUGCCUGUCGCCGUACCAUGGCUCCCAGUACCGGCACGCCAACAUGCCAGCGCACGCCAGGCGGUACCAGAGCUACAUGCAGCUGGUCCAGCAGCGCUCGGCCGUGGAGUACGCGCAGAGCCAGCUCAGCCUGGUGGGCGUGGAGCCCAAGAUGGAGUGGAAGGUGAAGGUGCGCGGUGACGGCACUCGGUACAUCACCAAGCGACCGGCGCGGGACCGCAUCCUGCGCGAGCGGGCGCUGAAGAUCCGCGAGGAGCGCAGCGGCAUGACCACGGACGACGACGCUGCCAGCGAGCUCAAGAUGGGCCGCUACUGGAGCAAGGAGGAGCGCAAGCAGCAGCUGGCCCGGGCACGGGAGCAGCGGCGGCGCCGGGAGUUCAUGCAGCGCAGCCGGCUGGAGUGCCUGCGGGAGGCACCACAAAGCGCCGCCGAGCCACGCAACGAGGUCAGCAUCAUCGAGCUCAGCCACAAGAAGAUGAUGAAGAAGCGCAACAAGAAGAUCCUGGACAACUGGAUGACCAUCCAGGAGCUGAUGACGCAUGGGGCCAAGGCCCCGGAUGGAGCGAAGGUGCAUAACGCCUUCCUGUCCGUCACCACUGUGUGAGAUGCACUCUGACGCCCCCUGGUGUUAUUUACCUGCCUCGUUCAAUGUGGCAUUUUUAUGAGAGAAGGGUAUUUUUCGUGAAUGAUUUUUCUAAAUGGGGUUUUUCAUCCGUCUUUUUGGGGACUCAUGCAGUUUUUCAUUCCAUUGUGUCUUUUUGCCUCAGAAACGCGGUGCUUUUAUAAAGACCUGGUUACUGUUUAUUUCGAACGCUGUUUUCCCUGUAAUGGAAGCAUGUCUGAGGUGGAUCUCAUUGGACUCGGCCAGAGAGCUCGUCCCGCUUGUGCCGGCACUUUCCCGCCUGGUGGUUCCCUGCCCCCGAUUCGCUACCUCUUUUCCUGGGAACGAUUUGAGACGCUCCAGCUCUGAUGUCAAGGUUUCUCAUACGACUCAUUGUUUUGGAUAUUUACAUACAGUUUUUAACGGUCACCAGUCACACGUUUGCAUAAACCCCAGUGUGAUUUCAAAAGGAAAGUUUUUGACACUCUCAAAGCUGUAAUGUAAAUUAAUGGGAUAUACUAACUUACCAGCAUACCAGUAAAUUCAUUAAUAAGGCAUUUUGCAAUUUUAUAAAGCCUGUUGGUGGUCUACAAGUCAGCUGGGAAAGUAUGACUUGGUAUGAACGUCACUUCUCAGAGAUAGUGGAAAAUCUUUUUUUUUGAUACAGGAGAAUCUGGAGUAGAUGUAGGCAGUGUUUAUCUUGGGAGCUGUUGGAGUGUGCCCCCUCCACAAGAAAUGAAUAAUUUUGUGAAUAAAUGAAUCAUUUAUGCAGCAAAUUCAUGCAGUAAAAAUGUAUCUCAGUACUUCUCAUGCCUGUCACAAUACCGUCGACAAAGAGGAUCCCACAGCCGCCUACAUCUUCUCUGAAGAUUUCUGUUAUGUUCCUAAGAUAUCUAGAUUUUUUCUAGAUCUACCGGAUAUGGAAGUUACCUUUGUGUACAGUAUGUAUUGUAAAUUAUUCAUUCUUUUGUAAUAAGCCUUAAGGGAAUUUCAUCAUGUCACUGUUUUUUAUGACAAAUGCCAAAAUAAUCUAACAGCCUUUAUUUCAAUAUGACAGCAAAAUCCUGAAGGAGUCCCAUCACAGAGAACGAAGCAUUUUCCUUUUUUGAUAUUACACUGUAAACAGAUUUAGUCGUCAUUUAUAGUACUGCAUCCAGUAGUGGGUAGCUUGUAGCCAGUGUGUGGUCAUUGUGAAAAUGGGGUAA